UUGGUGUGGAUGGUAAAAGGGACGUUGGUAAAUCCAGUCUUGUCUCUAAAUUUGCCGAAUAUGAUUUUAAAAAGGGAGAAUAUAAAGACACAUUGCAUGUAUAUGUCACAACUACGCUCAUUCCGUUAAAUAAUUGCACUAUCAAAGUAGAAUUUUUAGAAACAGGAUGGAAUCUCAGACCAAAUAAAAAUUAUAUUGACGGUGCUAUACUUGUUUACGAUACUUCUGAAUCUGACGGAUUAAAUGAAAUGAAAGAAAUAUCACAUGAAUAUAUUAGCAGUAAAAUUCCUAUUAUGAUUAUUGCCAAUAAAUGUGACAUAAAUAAGCAUGAAAACAGAGAUGACCUUUUAAAAGAAGUUAAAAAUUAUUUUGGAGAAGAAUGUUUAUUUGAUAAAACUUCAAUUAAAGAGAAAACUAGCGAUAAACUCAAUAAAAUCUUAGAAG